AUGCAAAUUGUGACGGACUCACUAUUCGUGAUCGAUGGACUUACCAAACACCUCCAAGCCUGGGAGGACAAGGGCUGGAAAGGACUUGUGCUCGCGGAAAUGAUCCAAGACGUUGCGGCACGACUCCGGAGCAGGUCGGCGCCGGUAACUUUCAAAUGGGUUAAAGGGCAUAGCGGAGUCCCGGGAAACGAUGGAGCGGACGAACUAGCAAAGGCGGGAGCGAGCCUCGAGGCCCAGCAGACAUCUAGCCUCCCGCCACCGCCAAGAGGCUUUGUAGCGACGGGAGUCAAAAUGACAGCCCUGACGCAAAAGAUGGCGUAUAAGUCGAUAAUCGAGGACCAAAGGACAGCGAGGAAAUCGACUGACCAUAUGAUCGAACAAAUCCGGGACUGCCUGGCGGACGACUGGAACCUGCAUCCCCAUGAAGGGGCUAUAUGGAAAGGAAUAAGGGCCCAACAUGUGCGGCGCUCAUUCCGAGACUUCUGGUGGAAAGCAAUCCACGGAGCACUCAAAAUAGGCAGGUAUUGGGAUAACAUACCGGGCUACGAACAGCGUGCAAACUGCAACCACUGUGGGUGCCUUGAAACGCUAGAGCACAUCAUACUAGAAUGCGACGCCCCAGGGCAGGGGGAAAUAUGGGAAUUAGCAAAGGCGAUCCUCCGGAGACGCGAAGUACGCAUGCCGGCGCUCCGAAUUGGAUCAGUGUUGGCGGCGCCAAUACUCUCGCUGAAAGGCAAAUCAAAAACCAAUGAAGCGGGGAAAGACAGGCUAAUGCAAAUAGUGCUCACCGAAGCAGUCCACCUAAUCUGGAAGAUGCGCUGCGAACGCACGAUUAGCGUAAGCUUUGACCCGGCCAAAGACCACUCUCACAGAGAGAUAACAAAGCGAUGGGCCGCGGUAAUGAACAAAAGACUGCAAAUAGACCAAGGGCUAGUGCAUCCGAUGCUAGGAAAGAAGGCAAUACGCCGAGAAGUAGUGCUAGCAACAUGGCACGGAGUCCUACAAGACCAAAAAGGGCUGCCAGACGAUUGGAUUAAUUCUCCGGGGGUUUUAGUGGGUAACCUAGAGACUUACGCGCCUAGAGAAAAUGGAUAG